UUAAUCAAACAGAACACUUCAAAAUGAAUAGGCUGCAUCAUAUAUGGAUGAUAUGCUACAUUUGUAGUGAAUUAUUUUGCGUCACUGGGUUUAACAUUGAUCUCCAAAGACCUGUCAUCCAUGAAGGUCCACAGAGAGAUAGUUAUUUUGGAUAUUCCGUCGCUCAACAUAUUGAUGGCAAUUACAAUUGGCUAUUGAUAGGUGCUCCUCUGACGCAAACAGGGCAAUCUGGGAUUAGUAAAGGCGGGGCUGUACUUCGCUGUAGCAUACACACUAAGAACGACUGUCAGGAAAUACCUUUUGACUUGAAAGGAAACAAUAUUGAAUACAUCGAUCAGAGUUACAUUGAGAUUGAUGAUAAGUCAAACCAAUGGUUCGGUGCAACUGUGACUAGUAGUGGCAAAAACGGGAAGAUAGUAGCAUGCGCUCCAAAGUAUAUAAGGUAUUUAUAUGCUGGAGGUAUAUUUCGUGAGAGGGAACCAAUUGGAACAUGUUUCACAACAACUAGCUCGAUGACAAGCAUGAAUGAAUAUUCCCCAUGUCGAAAUAAUAACCAUGGCUACUGGAGACAAGGCUCGUGUCAGGCUGGGUUAGCGGCAAUUAUAUCGCAAGACGAGUCUCGUCUUAUCAUAGGAGCUGUUGGGAGUUUCUACUGGCAAGGUCAGGUUAUCUCUCAGAGCCUUUUUCUGUCGGGGGAUAUCAUAGAGACUCCAGAGCGAGACCCUUCCGAAGACAACACAUAUAUGGGAUACUCUAUCGCCACUGGUCAAUUUACUGGAAAUAAUGCCAAAGAAUAUGUUGCUGGGAUCCCAAGGGGAGGCAAACUAAAGGGAGAGAUUGUUAUUUUUGAUCAGGACCUGGAUAGACUAACAAAUAUAACAGGUGAUCAGAUAGGGUCGUACUUUGGUGCAGCGCUAGCAGUCAGUGAUUUCAAUGGGGAUAACCUGGAUGAUAUAGCAAUCGGAGCUCCAUUGUACACAGAAGAAUUUGGACAAAAGGAAGAAAUGGGAUGUGUCUAUGUAUAUUAUCAGACUAGCACAAAUCAAAUGAAUGCUGAAAAUAGAGACACCUUAGUCGGUUUAAGGAGCAAAUCGAGAUUUGGCACUUCAGUAGCUGCUAUAAAGGAUAUCAACAAUGACAAUUUUAAAGACUUAGCAAUUGGGGCACCAUAUGGGGGCAAUGAUGGAAAUGGGGCUGUUUAUUUUUACCAUGGCUCUAGUAAAGGCAUCCAAACGCAAUAUUCCCAAGUUGUCUAUGCAGCCGAUAUUGACUCUGGCAUCAAGACAUUUGGUUGGUCGAUUGCAGGAGGCUACGAUAUGGAUGGUAAUUCAUAUCCCGACGUCCUUGUAGGUGCGUAUGCUAGUAGCCACGCUGUGCUGUUAAAGUCACGUCCGAUUAUUCGUAUCAGUACAGACAUCAACAUAGAGCCAGGUAUGAUUAAUCUAGACAACAGACCAUGUAUUCUUUCGAAUGGACGUUCAGUUACAUGUAUUGCAAUUAAGACAUGUUUAACUUAUGAUGGCCUUGAAGUUCCCCAAUACAUUGAAAUCAAUGUUGAAUGGACACUUGACCCUGAGAGUGUGAUAUCUCCUCGCAUGUUCUUCCUACAAAGUGGAUCUCAACAUAAAGAAAGUCAAAUGGUCCGAUUAUUCAAAUCUGAAAAAUGGUGUGACACCAUGAAUGCAUACAUUAAGAAUAACAUACGAGAUAAAAUAACUCCUCUUUCUGUAGAUGUUAGGCAUAACCUCAAGGAAGAUGUAUACAUCCAAAGAGGUAAAUUGAUCCCUAUAAUUGAAGACAUGGAGAAAACUCACAGAGGUUCAGCAAAAAUAUUGACAAACUGUGGUGAUGAUGACAUUUGCCAACCAGACCUAAGUGUUAAUAUCAAAGGGUCAACUCAGCAGCAUAUCCUGGACGAUAAUACUCCAAUACGGAUCCAUAUUGCUGUCGAGAACAAAGGAGAAAAUGCAUUUGAAGCUCAGUUAACUUUACAACUACCAUCAGGGACAAAAUAUAUCCGAACAAGUGAUGUUUCAUCUACAAGACCAAUUAGUUGUACUAAUGUAAAUGAGAACUUAGUGUCUUGUGACAUCGGCAAUCCACUCCCCAGUUACCAAAAGGUGUCUCUGGUUGUCACUGUUGCCCCUAGUAACAUAAACGACAAUGUAGAUGUCUUAAGGUUUACUGUAAAAGCUAAUAGUUCAAACACUGAAAACAGCACUGUAUUAGCCGACAACACUCACUACCUUGAUAUCCCUUUAACAGUUAGUGCAAAAAUCACACUUAAUGGAGUAUCGAAACCAGAACAAUUUCUAUAUAACGCAUCACAGAUAACCAACCUAAACAAAACAACAGACACAGAAAUCGGACCUGAAGUAAUUCAUUUAUAUGAAGUACGAAAUCUUGGACCAAGUUCAAUUGCAGCAGCAGAAGUGGAAAUUCUUUGGCCGAGCCAGUUUGAAAAUGGUGACAAUUUGUUUUAUCUAACAGAAAUACCUCAGAUUAUAAGAGGCAGUGGGUCAUGCACAACAGAUAUGGUGAACCCUGACAAUAUCAUACUUUUACCACAUGGUGAGGUUGAAUCAUCCAAUCAGCUGACAGACGACCUCCACAGUUACACUAGACGGCGUAGGGACGUUGAUCAUGGAUCAGUGAACAGAAUGCAAUGUACAUCAAAUUGGUGCACACUGAUAAUAUGUGACGUGCAUGAUAUGAAAAAUGAUGAUAUCGCUCUGAUUGAAAUCCGCAGCAGAUUAUGGUUAGAUUCGUUCACUAAGAAGCGACAACAGAGUAUGGUCAUUGUAUCAGAGGCAUUAGCCCAAGUUGUUAAAAUGCCAUACAAGAUCAAACCAAUGGAAUAUUCCUUGGAUAUUAUCCAAGUAUCGACAUAUGUAGGUACAUUAAAUGAAAAACCUAAACCAAAAACUGUCGAGAUUUGGAUUAUCAUUGUUGCCGUUAUCGUAGGAAUCCUCCUUCUUGUCUUGCUUGUUAUUUUUUUCUGGAAAUGUGGCUUCUUCAAGCGUAAGAAAUAUAAUGAUCAAGAUGCUAUGAUUCCAGAAAAGGAGAAAAUGAAUCCAAAUGCUGAACAUGAAUAUGACUAAAAUUUCAAAACUUAAUGUGAUAGUGAUAAUGACAUUAUUUUAGAAAUUACUUUUAAGAGCAUGUAUGCCAAUUUGACCAAUAGCCAACCUUUGACAUUUGUACAGUUUUUGCUAUGAACUUUUUGCUUUUCUGGUUUGAACUAUUACAUUAAUUCAACCUUUUAAAUGUAUAAGUUUGUAUAGAAAUUGAAGCUAAACCUACAAAUUGAUAAUAUAUUUUCAAGAUUCUUUUCAAUUUGGUUUAAUUAAACACCAACUUUGGGUUGUGAAACACUAUAAUAACAAUGUGAACUGAACUGAAUAUUUUGACACAAAUGCCAUAUGUUCCCUUCACCCCUUAGUAAAAUAUUCUUCAGAAUGCACAGACUUAGACCUAAAAUGUACUGACCAAGGCCAAUUGUACCAAAGUACAGCAUAUACCUCAAUGUACUGUCAGAUACCUAGUCAACAAGUGUUGCUUGACAAGGGGACUUCAAAACUCAACUAUGAGUCAGCAACUGCACAAAGAUUGCAAAAUCAAUUACAUGGCAUUAAUAUGCAAAAUGUCACUACCUGCCAUUUGUAACAGAUGCCAACCAAAACAUAAAAAACGGAGACCAUAACAAUAUGUCACCACUUUUUGGUGGUGACAUAAAAAUUCAAAACCAAUCAAAAGAGUUUUCAUCAAAUCUAAACUCAUUGAAAGUCUUAAAGGCAAUGUGAGAGACAAUGAGGAAUUAGCCCAUAACUAUAUACAUGGCAAUCAUUGUAUAGUAGUUGUAAAAUAAUGAAUGUAGUACCUGGUAAGUGUCAGGAUCGAAGUCACCAAUUAUCUGUCCAUUGUUCACGUUAAUGUUUCCAAGUGCAAUCUGGUAGGCUUUCUCCAUUGGGAUAUAUCUUCAAGAGUUAAGGACUGUAUGAUUCAAAAAUCUAAUACCCUACAUUUAUAUAAACAUUCAUUAUAUCACUGAAGGGUUACUCACUUUAUCUUUGGUUAAUGUCUGGAUAACAUGAUUACAAAAGCGACCAUGAUAUAUCUUCAUUUUCAGUUUGUAAAUUCCAUUUUGUACAUUCAGACUGUGGGAAGUAUAUUAGGGAAAGAUGGACAUUUAUAUAAAUUGUAGUAUUCGCUUCAGGAUUGAAUAUUUGUAAUUCACAUCGACAUUGAACUGUUUUAUACAACGUAGUACUAUAUGUUAAUGUAUGCUGAUCCAACAUAUCAAAUAAUGCAGUAAUGAAUUUAUAUAGUAAUGAAUAAAUACUUGCUUAAUUCACUGACUAAUAAAAUCCAAUUGUAGUAUUAUAUAGGGUGACCCAAAAGGAGUUAAAUAAUGCAGUCAUUAAUAACUGCUUUUUUCACUCAUUAAUGAAUAUGUUACUUAUAAAUAGGAUUAUUAAUGAAGAAAUAAUCAAAAGGAAUCAAAAUAAAUAUUUUCUUCUGAUUAUAUUCUUGCUUGAAUUGUUGCAAGGAUACGGUCCAGCAUAGUCCAGGUCUGCCCUGUUUAUAUCUGGGGGGUAGUCAUUGAGGGGCCUCAGUCGUCUUUCCAGGGGAUCAAACACAAGCUGAUACAGGAAUGUGUUGUUCGCACGGAAAAAUGCAUCAAUGUAAUCCUGGGGUACAAUCAACUGUGACAUCUUUAAUGUAGUGGGUAGUUUACGAAUAACCUUGAAAAAAGAUUGAAAUAUAUUUGUUUACUUUUAAUAAAUUGAAAUAAAAUGGACCUCUUGACCAAAUGUUCCUAUUAUUAAUUCCCA